GACUCGAUAAGUCAGUAACCAAUCACCUCUUCCAUCCAAACAAACAGUCAAAAUGCGUUCCUUCGUCGUCCUUUGCUUUAUUGCCUUGGCCACGGCCGAUAAACUAGGCUACAAUUACCAACCGGUAGCCCACUCUCCCUCCGGAUUGAGCUUCCAGCCAUCGGGAUCGGCCAGCAGCGAUGCACCCGCAUUCGCGCCUGCACCCAGCGCAUCCUUUGCCCCCGGUCCCUCCUCCAUUGCUGAUGCCCUGGAAGGAUCCCAAUCCGCUGCUGCCCCCAACUACGCCGCUCCUCAGGCCCAACUCGAGAAGGAGUUCUUCACCUACACCGCCGACGAGGGUGACUUCUACGAUCCAGCUGCCUCCGACCGUGUUGCCAACGCCGUGAACAAGGGACUCCGCGUUGUCUUCAUCAAGGGACCCGAGAACCGUGGUCUGGAGGAUGCCGCUCUGGCUCUGGCCAAGCAGGCUGCCCAGCAGGAGACCGCCAUCUAUGUCCUGAACAAGCAGGCUGAUAUCGGUGAUCUGGCCAACAAGCUGAACUCCAUCCGCAACAACAACAACAACAAGCCCGAGGUGCACUUCGUCAAGUACCGCACUCCCGAGGAUGCUGCCAACGCACAGCGUGCCAUUCAGGGUCAGUACGAUCAAUUGGGAGGAUCUUCGCAAGCCCAAGAUGGUGGUGUGGCCUCCACCCUGAACUUCGCCUCCCAAUCGGCUCCCCGCGAAAGCACCGCUGCCAGUGCUCCAGGACCAAGCUACCUGCCCGCCAACAUCUUCCGUCGCUUCCGUCUUUAAGUGCCAUAUACAUGAUGUUGAUUUGUUGCCUAGUUAGUUAUGCUUUAUUCCAUAAAUAAAACGAAAAAUUGUUGAAAUCUGAUUUGAUUUAUGUGAUUGAUUUUGUAAACAGAACGCUUAAGACGGAACAAAUACAAUCCAAAGCAAAUACAAU